GGCGUGGAACUGGUUUCUCCUGUCUCUCGACCCGUGCGUGUGCGAGGGCGAACUUGUGACGGCGUGCGAGUGCGAGUGAGAAUCGUCGCGGAAAGGAAAAGGAACCGUCCCUCGUCGAGAUGCAGAAGUUGGACGUCCACAAUCACAUCCUCCCCGAGACUUGGCCGGACCUCACUAAGAGGUACGGGUACGGGGGCUGGGUUCAAUUGGAGCGCGCGGAAGGAGGGAAGGAGGCCGACAUGAAGAGGGACGGCAAGUUCUUCCGACGGGUCCAGAGAAACUGCUGGGAUCCGGAAGCGAGGAUUUCGGACAUGGAUGCACACGGAGUCUCCGUUCAGGCCCUUUCCACCGUCCCCGUCAUGUUCUCGUACUGGUUGCACUCGGUCUCGGUCUCGGUCUCGCUUCGAUCGAACGCCGAGGGCGAUCGCAAAGCAUCACGAAGAGACCGUAACCUCGAGUCGAGAGUCGACGUCGACGAGCAGACCCUCACCGAGGUCCCGAAGGAACGGCUCAAAAACACCCAAAAAGAUUGCCGAUGCGCAUUCGCCACCGAUUCCGGUGGCGAAUGCGUAUCGGUCGGUGAAAAAAGGAUCGUCGCGUUCGAGUCUUCGAAGACGGUCGGUCGACGCUCGGAGACGCGUGGGAAACGCCGAGCCGUAAGUCUCUCUGGGACUGCCAUCCGACUCCUCGAUCCCUUUCCCCGUGCCCGCACCGGGAAAGCCGUCGAGUGCAACGACGACAAAAAAUGCCGUCGCUGA